AUGCCGCAAUUGUACCGACCACCCGAUAUUCCGAAAGUUGUGAGCAGCAUAAGGUUUCAGCUGUGCAACGAGGGUGAUAUUAAACAAUUUAGCCAUGUACAGGUGUUGAAGUGCUUGUUGUAUGGUGAGGGUCAGAACAACCGCAAGGCACUGGAGUACGGCCUUUUGGAUCCGAAAUUGGGUGCAAACAAAAGGGACGAAAUAUGUGUGACUUGUGGACUGGAUUACCAGACCUGCAUAGGUCAUUGGGGCCAUUUCGAUUUACCGGUACCGAUCUAUCAUGUGGGUUAUUCCUGGCACAUUGUGAAGAUUUUACAGUCCAUAUGCAAGAAUUGCAGUCGCGUUAUGCUACAGAAGGCACAUCGCGAUAAACUGUUAUCUACCUGUUCAAACCCCAGUUUGGAGUAUAUCCAUAAAAAACAGCUGCGCAAGGCGGUGCACAAACUGGCAAGUAAGACCCGCGUAUGUCCAUAUUGCAACGCGAUAAAUGGGUUCGUAACUAAGGGGCCAAAUUUGUCAUGCGUUAUUCACGACGUUUUUCGGUAUGCAAAGGCCAAACUUGACGAUUAUUUGACCGAAUUCUCUGGUGUGUUAUCGGAAAAUGCCGACUUGGCUCCAUUGCUACGCAAGGGACUUGAGAUUAUCAGGCCAAGCAAGGCGUUGCAACUGUUUUCGAAAAUCCCCGAAGAAGAUCUGCCUCUACUUUUGAUGCCUAGUGGCAGCACCUGGGUCACCACUCCGAAGGAUCUGAUUGUCCGGCGCGUUCCAGUAGCGCCAAGUGCCAUCCGUCCUUCUGUUGUAUCUGAGGUUCGAAGUGGAACAAAUGAAGAUGAUCUCACCCAGAUGUACCAGUGGAUUCUUGCCCAAGCUGCUACGCUGGAAGAGGAUAUUAGCGAAGUAGACCAGAUUGCUUGUUUGGACAACUUACACGCAGAGUUCGCGCGCAUGAUCAAUUCUCAGCAGUCUGGGCUGCCACCAGUUCAGGAUCAUAAAUUUAUGCGCGGGCUGCUCCAAAGGUUGUCGGGUAAGCAUGGUCGGUUCCGGGGCAAUUUGCUCGGUAAGCGGACCAACUAUACGGCCCGCACCGUCAUCUCUCCGGAUCCUAACUUGCAUAUUGAUGAGGUCUGUGUUCCCGACCACUGCGCCAAGUUGCUCACGUACCCCGCUCGCGUGACACCAUUCAAUCUGGAGUUUAUGCGUACUCUUGUCCUUAAUGGUCCAAACGAUUAUCCGGGAGCAUUGUUUGUCAGCUACAGACUUCGUGGCGAACAGAAGCGGCAAGCGGAGGCCAGCGGCGGCAGUGAUACAAUCAAGCGAUUUUUAGCUCCCGCUCGAGCUCGCGAAGAUGUGGCUCGACAUUUGCAACCUGGCGACGUGGUCGAGCGGCAUUUGAUAGAUGGAGAUAUCAUCUUGUUCAAUCGCCAACCAUCGCUUCACCGUGUCUCCAUACAGGCAUUCAAGGCCGUUGUCAAGCCACUUCGCACGUUCCGCUUCAAUCCGUGCUGUUGCAAUCCGUUCAAUGCCGAUUUCGACGGGGAUGAAAUGAAUGUCCAUCUGCCGCAGACUGAGGCCGCACGGGCCGAAGCAAAGCACUUGAUGAUGUCUGUGAACAAUAUCGUCAGUCCCAAGAACGGUGAACCGCUCAUAUCUCCUAUCCAGGACCUUCUCACUGCUACCCAUUUGCUUACACUGAAAGAUGUCUUCUUCAACCGAGAUCAGGCUUGCCACUUGGCGGCCCAAAUCGUGGCUGGCGACCACUUAUCAAGACCAAUCAGAUUACCCAAACCAGCGAUUAUGUGGCCAGUGCGAUUAUGGACCGGAAAGCAAUUGUUUGGCUUGAUCAUCUCACCUCAUCCAUCGACCGGCAUUCGGAUCAACCUCCGCGUGCCCACAAAAUCCCUGUACUCAUCUCACGGUGAAGAAAUGUGCCCAAACGAUGGAUUUGUACUGAUUUACAACAGUGAAUUGCUGGCCGGUUGCAUGGACAAGAAACUUUUGGGCGGCGGUAGCAAAUCUAGCAUUUUCUACACCUUGUUGAGGGACUACGGAAGCAAUGCGUGUGCCGAUGCUAUGUGGCGUCUUGGUCGAAUUGCCCUCUUCUAUCUGGCUCACCGGGGCUUUUCCAUCGGUCUGGUUGAAGUAAUGCCCAGUGCUGAUUUGGUUCAGUCGAAAACUCGCUUGAUCAACUCUGGAUUUUCGACGUGUGAUGAUUACAUCAGACAGUAUCAGAGCAACACGCUAAAAUGCAAUCCCGGUUGCAGUAUGGAAGACACACUGGAGUCUAAUCUAAGUCAAGAAUUGUCCAAAAUCCGUGACGAAGCUGGAGCAGCUUGCAAGCGCCAACUUCAUCCGUCCAAUUCACCACUUGUAAUGGCUCAGUGCGGAUCCAAAGGGUCCUUUCUCAACAUAUCCCAAAUGAUUGCCUGUGUCGGCCAGCAAAUCAUUGGCGGCAAACGUGUCCCCGAUGUCAUCAACGGACGGAGUCUCAUCCAUUUCCCACGAGGAUCCCGCACUCCGGAGGCCAAAGGAUUCGUCGGAAACAGUUUUUAUUCCGGUUUAACACCAUCCGAGUUUUUUUUCCAUGCUAUGAGCGGUCGGGAGGGUCUGACCGAUACCGCUGUCAAAACGGCAGACACUGGGUACAUGCAGCGCCGUUUAGUCAAGUUUCUGGAAGAUCUCACUGUCGCCUAUGACAACACGGUGCGUGAUAGCCGUGGCGAUAUUGUCCAAUUCUGCUAUGGCUCCGAUGGACUGGACCCGCUUGAAAUGGAAACGGAGAAAUUCCCUGUGGAUUUGGCCAAAGAGUUGGCUGGCAUCAGGGCUAGUUUACCAUGUCUCGACGAGGAAUCUAUGACUCCCGAGCAAAUUGAUUUGGCCCUCCGUGCUGCCUUUGAACUAGACGCAUUUGCUGGACUUGGCCAUACUGCCCACACGGAGAUACAAAAAUUCUUUACAAACUCUGUGAGCCCCGCUAUUCGAAGUUGGCAAGCGUUCUGUAUGUCCCACUCUGACCUAUCUCCUGUGCAGAUGCGCUCACACAACGAGCGAUUGACCCGAACUCAGCUAAGGAUCUUCCUCACGCGAGUCAAAGAGAAAUACGAGAGGGCAUUGGUUGAACCAGGCACUGCCGUAGGCGCUUUGUGUGGUCAAUCCGUCGGUGAACCCGCCACGCAAAUGACAUUGAAGACAUUUCACUUCGCAGGCGUAGCCAGCAUGAACAUAACGCAGGGUGUCCCUCGAAUGCGCGAAAUUGUCAACGCGGCUACAAAAAUCAAAACUCCCCUCAUCUCAGUGACGUUGAUUGAUCCAUUUUCCGCGUCUUUGGCUCGUCAGGUCAAAAUGGCCAUUGAACCAACGCGGUUAGCUGACAUUUCCAUCACCCUUCGGCAAUGCCUUACUCCGGAAGACGUUUACGUGGCAAUUGAGUUGGAUGAAAAACGGAUGAUUCGCCGAGGAAUCACUGCGGCUCACGUUGCCUUGGUGCUACAGCAAGCAAAGCUGCGUAAAGCGAAGCUAUCGAGAGUCACUUAUUCCCGUAACUUCGUUUACGUUUAUCCGGCCGAUUUGAACUCUUUGGAGACCGUAGUCAAAGCACUGGAGGAUCAAGUCGUGAAAGGAAUCCCUGGCGUGGCCCGCGUUGUGAUCCAACAAGACAAAGACGGUGAGCAUCGAAUAUAUGUAGAAGGUGCAAAGUUACGCGAAGUGAUGUGUGUUCCUGGUAUCAUUCCCGAGCGGACCCGCAGUAACAAUGUGCUUGAGAUCGAAAAAGUCCUGGGCGUUGAAGCGGCCCGCCGCGUUGUUAUUGAGGAAUUACUCGCUGUUAUGGAAGGCCAUGGCGUAGAGGUGAACGUCCGGCAUGUCAUGCUACUAGCAGACGUCAUGACAAACAGAGGUGAAAUUUAUGGCUACCAACGUACCGGAAUGGCCAAAGCGAAGAACAGCGUCCUGUGCCUAGCAUCUUUCGAACGCACUGGAGAUCAUCUCUUCGAGGCUGCCUACCACUGUCAGGAUGAUAAGCUCACUGGUGUUACCGAAAGCAUUAUUCUGGGCAAUCCCACACGUUUGGGAACGGGGACUUUUGAUUUGCUCAGCGAUCGAUAUCCUUUUUAUUGCUAUCACGUAUUCCUCUUGUAUUGGAUUAAUCAGGAAAGCAUAACUCUAGUGCUCGAUUAUUCCCUUUUCAAACUCCAUUUGGUUGCCUGA